AUAAACAGUAUUUUUUUUAGUAAUUUAUUGGUGUAUGUACUAUUUUUAUUUUUGUUUGCAUUAAUUUAAUACGAAUAACACCACAAAGUAAUAAUUUUGCAAUAUUUUUGUUGUUUAUAACUUUUCAGUUUUUAGCGAGGUGCAAGAACGAAAAAGCUAAUUUCUGAACGAAGUCUUAGCUGUCAGAGUUAUGUCAAUCGUUACGUUAUCAGUCAGCCUUUAUUCCAAUUUUUAAUUAUUUCAAUAAGGUUACAGAGAUCUAUUAUAUUUUUUUAGUAAAUAAUCGUAGAAAUUAUAAGGAAAAGAUAUAUACUAAUUAUUUCAUCGUUAAGUAAUCAUCAAACCAGUGGCGAGUGUUAGACGUGACUCAAGUGUUUGUUCAAAUAUUCAUAAUGGUACAAAAUCAUUGAUGGGUAUUGUUUACGAAUUUCUUGGAAUUGAAGAUAUCACCGACUGCCUUUGAAUAUAUUAGGUGUUAGGAUGGAAGGGAGUAACGAUUCGUUGUCAAUUUUGACUGCGCCCAUGAGCGGGUCGUCUGCAGUGCUGCUGACCCCGGGGCGGACGAGGAACAUAGCGCAAGAUAUGGAGGCUCUGAGACUGUCGCGACAGGACAACCCAUUUUUACAGCAAGUGAUCAAGGCCAGCAGGGAGAGUCUGAUAGAGAGCCACAUUGAUGAGUGUGAAUCUGAUGACACCAUAUUAAUGUCACAGGACUUUGGCAGUACAGCGCUAGACUUUGUAGAAGAAGAUCCAUUGACCUUGAAAGAGGUCCAUGAACAUAUGAUCAGGUCCCCUCCCCCUACAAGCUGCUGGUCAAAUGAGUCGCUCUCAUACCGCGCCGCGUCUGCCUUCGAGUUCGGCGCCAACAGCCCCGUGUCGUUUAGCGCCUACUCCGUCGUGCAUGAGAAGGUCACUAACACAAUAUUAAUGUGCCGUCCUAGAAUAACUGUUUCUAUGGACGAUUGUUCCCGUUCCCCCCGUCGUUCGCGCGCAUCACGCUCGGCGUCUCCACGGUCCCACGAUUUAGCUCUCUGUGGGAGACCGCUCUCCUUGCCAGGUGAAAGCCACCUCCGCAACGCGCUAAGCAAAAAAGUGCAACCAGAGCGCUUCUCCUUACUGCAGCAUCCGCGCCCAUUACGCAGACCAGCACGACUGGAUGACGAGAGCGUUCAACUGGUUCCCGAUGACAAGUAAUGUAGGAAAAAAUAUUGGUGUUUAUUGGUAAUAGAUGUUGGCCCUAUUCAGAGGUUACAGGUUAUAUUGGUAACCGUAUUGUACGAGAACUCGUAACCGAUGACAAGUAAAUUAGGAUGUUUACUGGUAACAAAUGUUGGUAUAGGUUAAUUCAGAACAGCUAGCGCGAGAUUUGUACUGAGCUAUCAAAAUCCAUAUAAAAUCCUUGCCAGCUUUCGUGAAUCGACCUAUAAUAUAGUUGUGAAGUUAUACAGGUUAUGUAUACCGUAUUGCGAAGUUUACAAUCCUAAAGGUGAUGUUGGUAGCCCUUCUGUAAGGGAUCCCUAUAGGUGAUGAUUGCCUUAUGGUAACCCUUUUGAAAGGGGUUAACCUUACAUAUCAUGGUGGUAUCCCGAUUGUGAGGUGAUAUUUACAAAAAACAUUGGCAAUUGUAACUGUAGUAAAGCAGCUUUUAUUACUGACUAAUACCUAUACUAACCCAACCCAGAUAUACUUAUUGUCUCAAGUAACUAACCAAUAUUAUAGUAGUUACUACUACAACCGUAAAAAUCUCAGUCAAAAACAACGUAACACUAGUUACCAAUUACAUAAUUGACAGUUGUUCUACCGUAGUAACCCGAAAAGAACUGGUUACCAUUAAAAAAGGUUUUAAUUAAAUGAGUCCAUGGAAUAUAACACCACAUUACGCACGACAGUUCUAAAGUUUUUUUUUUUUCAUUUAUUUUUCAAAGGCAUAGGCAAUUAUACAUAAUCAAUUUUAAAGUUACUCGCCAAACUGCUUAUGCGGUUUGUUGGCGAGACAGCGCAAAUUUUUUACAUUUUACAAAGUUAUUCAAUACGUAAAAAAUACAAGAGUGUAUAAAAGGUACAACUGGUCCAACUUUCUCCACUAAGAAAAAAGAUCCUUAUCGUGUUUAUAAGGACUCUAUUAGAAUGUUUGUUGAAUGGGAAUGGAUGUCUAUAAUGGGUGUAUAUGUCAAUGAUAGUCUUCUUGAAUAGGGAGGUCUUCCUUCGGUUUUUUAGUCCUAAGUGUUUGAAAUAGCCGAUUUUCUAGUAAAUAUAAAACUAAAUAUACCCGUAUGAGCUAAUCGCCAAAUAUCACUAUUAGUUAGCACAUAGUACUGAUUUCCUGAAGCCCUAUAAUGCUAAAUGUAAAGAUAUACUGAAGAUAUUUUGCUACUGGCAGUGCAAUCUGAAGUUAAUUUUACAAUUUUGAUGUUUUCUAUAAGCUAAGAAUAUGACCUAUUAUGGAAAGUCCAAAAUACCUAUAUAGAAAUUGACGUCGUUUUUUUUUUCGUUUUCUUAUCAUAGAAACACUAAGUAUAUGUAGGUAUAACGAAUUUUACGGUAUUUGAUUUAUCAUUGUUUGGACAUAAAAAAUGUUAUAACGUUACUAAAAUUGUGCUUAAGUUUAACAAAAAUCGUGCUUAAAUCAGAUAAAUACAAAUUGUCUUCUGUUUUUUUUUACAGAGUCUAUUAUUUGUCUAUGAAAUAUGCUAAAUAUUAUUUGUUUAUAUAUAUUGAGGUUAAGUGUUUGUUUUAUUGAUAAGAUAUCGUUCGAAUAAAAUUCUAAUUCCAAAUAUCUAGUCGAGUUUGGCGAAUUAAUGUUACCAUAUACUUUUUAUAUUUUAGUUGUUUUUUUAGCACCUAGCUACUUUAGGGUAAUUAAUUUUACAAACAAUAUUAAAUUGUGUUAUUUAUUAAAGUCUUUAAUUUUGUGAAGAAGCAUAACUAAUUGUCGAAUAUUUUUUCUUAUUGCUAGAGAGUCCCACUGGCCAUGAAUAAGUCAAUGUUAUUUUUGAUAUGGGUAUGCUUACCUAUUUGUUAUUUUGAAUUGUUUGUUGGUUUUACUGUUAAAUUUUAAUCAUAAAUAACAUUAAUACAUAUUUGGGGACAAUCUUACACAGGUAGACCUAACCCCAAACUAAGCAAAGCUUAUACUAUGGGUACUAUGCGGUAUAUUGCGGGGUAUGGGUUUUAAAUUUUGUAACCAUUUUUUUUAAUAGUGUAGUUUUGUAACAUAAAUGUAAAUUAAUGUUCAAUAAAGUGCUCACCACGACUCCAAUCGAAUAUAAAGUAUUAUAGUCCACCGAUGACAUAGGCAUAGUUUUAGUGUUAUUGUUAAUAAAUACCCGUCUUAGAAUAUUAAAUAUAUUGAAUAGUAUUCAUGCUAAAGGAUGUUUUGUGCUACUUUUAGGCGUAAUUGCAGAUUACCAAGUAGUGCUUAUAUAGAUAAAUAUUAUUCCUGAUUAUUAAAAGUGUAAAAAGAAAGUGAUAACCCAUAUUGACACAUUCAGGGGCCUAUUUGGUCAAAUACAAGCUUAUACUAUUAGUGAUCUUGUAUGUAAAAUCAGUAAUAUUAGCUUGUAUUUUAUUAUACAAUAGACACCUCACGCUCCUUGUCUAGUUAAAUAGAAUACAAUUUGAUGAAUUUUAAUUCUUACUUAAUAAGUUUUAAUCCGUAUAGGUAAUUGUUUGGGCAACAAAAACAGUCAUAAUUUACGUGAUGUUCGUUAUAAAAUAAAAUAAAUACUUAAUUGCGUGUUUUUACUUUUUAUUAUAUGCAGGGUACAUCCAGUUAAGUUGGUCGUCCGAUCAAGUGUUAAAUUGGAAUAAACAGAUUUAAAAAAAUAUAUUUUUUGUUAUUCCGUCACGUUAGCCAGGAGACAAUAUUAGUAGUUUGUUAGAAGAACUGUACCACGUUCUACUAACAUGCUUAGUAGAUGACCAAUUGAAAGGGUUAGGAAAAUUCAAAGGGUUUUUACUACCACAAAAAUCCAAUUGUGUUAAUUUAAGUACCAUAAAAUUUAAAAUUGACUCGCGAGUGACAAGAACAUGUAGAUUAAACUUAGUAUAGAAAAAUUAAGGAUAUUUUUCUUCGGAGCAAGGGGAACGGCAUGAGGAUUCUCUUAAAAUAUUAAGGUUGGAUAAAAUAUUAAUAAAUUUCCCAUCCAACCUUCGGUAUGAAAUAAAUAAUGUGCAGUUACGCUUAAAGUAUCCUUUAGUAUACCGCCUUAAUAGUAAUGUUAAAUAAAAUAGGCAUCGCUUUAUGUUAAAUUAAAUUUAACUUGUUCUUAAUUUCAUGACGCUUUGUAAGCUAUAACCAAAAAUUACUUUACUGUGUUAGACUUGUAGUCUAAGAAAUGUGCCCCUAAGUAGUGGGGGGAAACUGCAGCGCUCGGGUGUUCUCGGCUCCGUUUGGCUCAGCAUUGCUCCGAGCAAUUAUUAGGGUUGGCACAACUUGACGUUCCUUUGCGUGCAUAACCACAGAUAAGAUAAUCACUUGAAUUUUGACAACCCUAAAUAGCUAAAAGGGAUAGUGCCAUACAUUAGAAAGGGAUAAAAUAAUUCGUCCCUGAAUCGCUGUCAAACUUCGGUUUUGUAGGAAGUUUCCUAUUAUUUAUUCUGUACCUUUAAGUUGGACAGCUGAAAUAAAAGCCGCCAUGUUUUCUGGCCACUGAAUCGUCAAACAUUACCGUUUGACAACCCGGGUUAGCGCAUAAUGUACGAAGCCGUACAGCGCCAUCUACACUAGAGACGUGCGAGGAUGCGUUGCGAGGGACGAAUGUGUUGGUUAGGAAACAAUUGAAUCAUUACACGCUGAGGUUCAUUUACUCACUCCUUUCAUCACUUCAUUCACCUAUUCUCGCUCAGCGUGAAGUGAUUAUAUUGUUUCCCAACAAAUACAUCCAUCGCCACGCAUCCUCGCACAUCUCUGAUGGAAACGCAGUCUUAGACCUACUCAUCUAAUACAAUAAAUGAAUCUUUGCUAUAACUGAUAUUACAUUAGAUGUGAAUUUCUUUAUUAGUCGUUAGUACUGUUUAGAUAAUUAGAUAUUUUCGUGUAUUAUAGUCAAAGUAAGUAUAGCGUGAAGAAACCCCAUACUUUUAAUACUUAUAAUAUAUCAUAUUGCCUUUAUUAUUUCUUUUAGGUGUUUGAAUGAUUUGUAAAAAAAGAAUAAUUAAUAAUACUAGAGUUAUCGAUAUGAAUUAAAGCACAUAGAAAUUUAACAUUAGUUCAGAGAUUUCAAUUCUAUUUAUGAUAUUCUCCGUUUCCAAUAUUAGAGUACUUUCAAAUUAGUUUUACAGUUAGCAGCAUAGUACGUCGCUAACUAAAAUAACUUGCAAGCGUAAUGUGAAAUAUACAAGGUGCCCGUGAGCAUUGCGAGACAUUUUAACUAAGCAUUCCUGGUAAUAUUUAGGAACUAAAAUGUCAUAUAAAAUUUUCUGGAUUAGGCCUAGUUUCAGAGAUAAUGAAAUGUUUUUCGAAAUCAUUCUUUCGCCAUAAGUCGGUACAAAACACAUUUUUGACUGCGGUAUUGCCACUUUGAGGUCUAGUCUGGACAUACCUAUUGAUUGACAUCGAAAAAUUUUAAAAAUGUAUUCGAGAGGCUACCCCCAAAUAAAAAAAAACUUUUUAGUUAAUUUUAGGUUAUGUGUUUAUCAAUAAAAAUUACGUUUUAUGUACAAAAAAAAAAAACAAAAAUUUUUUUUGUCGAAUUUCACAAAAAGGCAUAACAUUUUUGCUUCUGUUGCCAUCAGGAAUGCACCGUUAAAAUCUCUCGCAAUGCUCACGGGCACCUUGUAUGUUAACGGCACCAAUCAUGGGACAUUUAAGAGAAAACUAGGAGUACUUUUGAUAUUACACCAAUUGUCUCUAAAAUUUCUACCGCUUUAUGCGUUAAAAGUUGAAUCUCCUAUUCAUCUUUUAUGUUUUCAUUGUAUUUAAUGAAAGCUACUGCAAUUGUUUUCAAUAUUAUUAUCAAAUUAAUACUAUGGUUUUUUGCUGUAGUCAUAGGAUAUAUGGCGCCAUUAAUUUUCAAACUAAUAAAUAUUAAUUAAAAAUUACACUUAAGCACUAUUUGGCACUUUUUUUUUGUUAACAAUUAUAGCCUGGUAUUUGGCACUUGUUUAUGGUAGAAACGAGUUGCCAGCGUUUAAAAACUGACGGUAAAUACUUGUUUUACAGGAUUUGUCUAUAUCAUACUGCACUCGUAAAUUCGUACGUGUGACAGGGAGGCAACACGUCGAACGUGGUUCGCGGUAGCUCCUCAGGUGCCCGUCCCAUCAUACUAUAUUAAACAGAAAAGUUUUAAUUAAUUAGGAUUUUUGAUUCAACUUGUGUUUUAAUAGUGCAUACGCUAGUAUUAUUAAUAUUUCUUAUCCAUUGCAUUUUAAAUGUGUAGUAACUCUUUCGGCGCGUUGAAAUUUUGUUUCCUUUCCAUUAGGUAUAUGUGGCGUUAGCAGAAAAAUAGCUUAGCGCGGCUGGCGCUUACGCUGUGCAUUAACUUCUAUACAGUAAUGGCAUCAGUACCCCUAGUGUAAAUUUAUUCGAUAUCGAAACGUAACGUCCGCGUUUGCGUUAAGUCUCAUUUCCCAAAGUUGAGUUUCUUUUUUUUUGAGUUUCCAAAACGUCCCGAUUGGCGCGCUGUUUCUAAAUCCUAUACAAAAUGAGACUAAACGCAAACGCCUACGUCAUGUUUCGAUAUCGAAUAAAUUUACACUAGGGGUUCUGAGGGCCUAACGCGAACCUCGUUUGACGUGUUGCCUCUCUGUCGCACUUGUAAAUUCGUACGCAAGUGUGACAGGGAAGCAACACAUCAAGCGUGGUUCGUGGUACGCCCUCUGGUGCUUUUUCUCAGAACGACACAUAUUCAUUCAAUCUAAGAUUACAUGCUCAAUGAGCAUUGCUCAUCAUUGAUCGAGCUUCACUAUUGAAAUAAUAUUGAUAUUAUUAUAUUUCAAGUUGAAUGUUGCACCCCUAUUUAUAUUGAGUUUAAAUCAAAAUUUUGUAGAUGUGUUUUAUUGAUAAAUUUAUGCAUCGUUGGCUCAAUUGCCAUUAUAAUAAUUAGAAAUAUCCGUACACGGCGGGAAUAAGUUGAUAAUUCUAGAUAUAAAAUUGAAAAAAAUUGAACCUAAUGUAAUUCUAUUUUAGGUUAAAAAUUACUUAAAUUUUAAUUUCUCACCUUAUCAACUUUUUCCCGCCUAGUUCCGAUAUGUAACACUUAAUUUAAUAAAAAUGCGACUAUUUAUGACCGUGGCCAACAAAACUUCCCACUUUGUCGCUUGCCAUAAGGAUGAGAUUUGUUUGUAGGUAUCUUUAUAUUAGGGAUGUCAGAAAUAUUCGCAUUUUCAUUCGUAUGUACGAAUAAUCGCAUCAUUUUAACCAUUCGCAUCGACAUUCGCAUCAAAUGAAGUGAAUGUUUUGCGAAUGCGAAUGUGCGCAGGUCGUGUCCUGUCUCGCGUACGGUCAUUGCGCGCAAACUGUGUUCAAGUAAUGCAUUUUAACCAGUAGAUAGCAUUUUCAACAAUUUCUAACAUCCCGUUCUAAGGGAACUAUAUUUUAUGUACUAACAGAUUUUUUCUAAUUAGGAAUGUUAAUAACAACUACAUAUUCCAUAACAUUUGCAUUCGGACAUUCGCAUUCUGCACAUUCGGAUUCGCACGCACAUUCGUGACAUCCCUGCUUUAUACGAAUAAUCUGCAAUAGUCCUUAUGGCAAGCGACAAAGUGGGACGCUUUGCCGGCCACGGUCACAUUUUAUGACUUUAUUUAGCGAACUGCAAGAUAAAGGUACUCAUGUACAGUCAGCGUCAAAUACUUUGUAGCAACCAAAGUAGCCAAAUAGUUCGGUACACCAUAUAUUUAGUAUGGUGUACCGAACUAUUUGGCCACUUUGACUGCCACAAAGUAUUUGACGCUGACUGUACUACGAUUAUGAGUAGUAGAUAAGGACGUUGAAAAAGAUAGGAUACCUUCUUUUUAACUUGAAGUUUUGAUUUAAGAAAAUUGAUUCAAAAAAAUUGUGUUUGAGGUUGAGAUUCUUAAAUCUCUGAAUAACAGUAUAACAGUAUCAGUUAAAAACCUUCGCCAUUUAACCCUUUGAACGCUCUAUAGACGGCUGGGCGCGUAUAAUGUGCCAUACAAAAUACGUGCUCAUUGAAGUUAUCUACAGCAAACAGCAAUGAUGAAGAACGUGACUGUAGAGAUUUAUAUAAUUUUUCGUGGUCUCUGUAAAGAGGAAAGGGGAUGACCACUUUUCUCCAUACAAAAAAAGUCUCAAUUUUCCUCUCUUAAUAUUACGUUGUUAUUAUGUUAAUUAAGCUUAUAGAAAGUAUGUUUACACAAUUUAUAUAGCUAUAAGAGAGAGAGAGAGCAAAGAGAAUUUGAUAUAGAAGUGGAUUGUGAAAGUAAACUUUUCGAGCGAUGGUGCCAUAACCUUUGGCCUAUGCUCUAGUAGAUGGCACCACUUUUUUAUAUUUAACACAUAUCAGUGAAAGAAUAAGGAUCAGAGUCAAAUGGCGUUCUAAAAGUAUGCAUCAUUUAUCGAAAGAUGGCAGUAAAUUUACUGAGGCUUAAGUUUACUUUGACAAACCACCUCUAUUUCAAAUUCUCUUUGAUAAGCAAAAAACAAAUUCAAUACCUUUUUUUAAUUCUUAUAAUAAUGAAAAAUCCCAAAAAAAAUCAUAGCUGUUGUUGAUAUAUACAUCAAAUUGUGUGAAAAUAUUUUCAAUAUAUUUUUUUUUAUCGAGAAAGGAAAAUGGGAACUACGUUUGUAUGGAAAGCUGGAUUCGAGGCGGUCGUCCACUAUCUCUUAAGAAAUGUAUUUUUUUUUCGUAAAUUGUGUUCAUUUCAAAACGAGGGAUCGGUACAUAAUCUUGUGGUGCGACAGUGGUAAUAUGUAGGAAUAUUGGAGCAAAAUAAUUAAUUUUAGCUAAUAUGCACCAUGCGCCAUAAGCGCUAUGCUUAGACCACGUUACUCAUAUAUUGAGGCUAUCCGUUAUUAGAUGCCAUGCUCUGACCAAAGUAAUAGAACUUGAUAUUAACUAAUGCGAUUGUAUUUGUAUAGGUUAUAAAUAAUACUAAGCGUAUAGAAGUGAUUACAAAUACCAAAGAGAAUGUGUAUUGUCAAAGAAACUCAUAUUUUUCAUAAUAUUUUGCUAAGCCCUAUCCGGGUCCUAGUAGUUAUGUAUUUACCUAGCAUUAAGUUGCAUUUGUCUACUGUAAUCUACUUUGGUUGCAAAUAAAUAUUGAAAUUGAACUUUUGUAGCCACAGUGCAUUUACUGCCAUCUUUCGACCACACGUUUAAAACUUUUAGAACGCCAUUUGACUAUGAUCCUUAUUAUUUCACUGAUAUGUGUUAAAUUUGUUAAUUAUCAAAAAGUGGCCCCAUCUUACCGGGUACCACCUAAAGGUUAUGGCGCCAUCGCUCGAAACUGUGCUGCUAUACCUUUGCCUUUGAUCUAUUAGAGGGCGCCACUUUUAGAUAUUUAACAAAUUUAACACAUAUCAGUAAAAGGAUAAGGAUCAAAGUGAAAUGAUGUUCUAAAAGCUUUAAUCAUGUGUCGAAAGAUUGCUGUAUAUGUCCUGUGGCUACAAAAUUUUCUUUGACAAUACCUCUAUUUCAAAUAUUCUUUUUGCACUUACUGAUUGUUUGAAAAAUGAUACAAAGAAUUUAAAUGUUAGUACGAUUUUUUACUAGUGACAAUAUGAAAGUCGCUAGGGACCUUAAAUACCCUGACCGUACAAGCGAGCCAUAUAACUUCUAUGAAGCGUAAGCUUGGAGGAUUUAACAACCGGAGUCGGCUUUAACUCCUUACCGCAUACGAAGCCAUACAUGGCCGAUAUGAUAUUCAACUUUAUUGGCAGCUAUUUAAGUUCGAAUUUCAAGAAAUAUUUUUAUUACAUACAGUAAGGGUUUAAGAGCUUACCCCUCCGUCGAAAACGUCAGCCAAUGGUCAUAUAUUUACUGUAUGGACUGACAUCAAACAAAUAGUCAUACAUUUGACGUGCCCCUACCCCGCAAAAAUGUACAGAUAAUUGCAGAAAAGGCAUCUCCAAUUGUUAAAUCCUUUAAGAGCGUAAGUAAAGAUUAGCGCGUGGCAUGCCGAGGGUAACUUUCUGUUAUUUUUGACAUGUUUUUGACGUGAUAUCAAGUCCUUAGAUGUUUAAAGGGUUAACUACUCAUAUGCCGUCAUCGUCAGAAACUUUCAAAGUUUCCUAUGUUUCUUGUGGAAUUUUCCUGAAAUAUAUAAGAUAUUCUGCAACUUGGGGUGGAUUUCAUUUGUCCCCGCCGGGUUCAGAUGGGAAUAGGUGCUUUCAUAUUAAUCAUUCUCAUCUGUCCCCGCCUAAUGUUUGGCGGCUGCCACGUGGGGCGGGGACAAAUAGGAAUACGCUGCAUCUGUCACAUCUGUAGGGUUAACGAGUAAUGAUCACUUCAAACGUUUGUAUUAUUUAUGACGAGUACCUAAGUAGGAAUAAUUUAUUCAGUAGGCCAAUGUUCAUGUUUCUUGUUUGAGAUAUUUUUGUCUUUCUCUGGUCAUUCGCUGGUCGAUAAAUCCAGAUUUGUGUGUCGAAUAAAGUAUUUCAUUCUGA